AUGGAUGGCAAGGGCGAAGAGAGAUGGAAAAUUGGCUGUGUCAUCGCUGCCAGUGCCAUUCCGAUGAUAUUCGUUGCCUACGUAGCUGCCCCUUACGUGAACUUCAUACACCUCAGCCUCCCAGUAUUUGCUCGACAAUCGCGGGAACAUGCGAUUCAAUAUGCCAUGAAUCUUCCGCCGACGGCAACCCUCUAUAUCAAUACCAUGAAAUUCUCGGCUGGUCCGCGUCUCACAAAGGUACGGCUUGCGGACCUAGGCCCGUACAAGUCUGGCUUCCCUCCAGUGAAUUUCCGGCUCCGCUACAACAGGGACUCUACUACUGUCAACAGUCUUUUUGACCAGCACAAGUUCUUCACUGAGCCAACGUGCCCGCCAGGACCGCCUUCAAGGGCUUUCUUCCCCCAGGUUUGGGAGACCGUAUUCAAGAAUAUCCAGAGUCAACGCCUUGGGUACCCAAAAAACAUAAAGUCGGAAAAUUGA